GCAGUGGAUAGGUAGUUUGUCAAUUAACGUGAGUGACGAAAUUUGUUACAACGUUGAAAGUUGUUUGCGAGUGAUUGCGAUGGGUUCAAGCGCGCGAAAGAAGAAAGAGAAGAAGAAGGAUUUUCAGGUAAAUCUGCGCAUCCUCGGCGUUUAGUUUCUCCGCAUCCGCUAACUCGAGAUACUCAGAAAACCAAGCUCAAGGUGGGCAAGGCAAAGCAGAAGGCAGACAACGUCACGGAUACGAGUUUCAGGAGUAAAUGUAUGUAUUCAGAACAAACUGAGUUGCUUUCGAUACUCUACAGUGUCUUCCUCGUCUGGAGGGUCUCGAUCUAUCUCACAUCUUCUCUUCCGCCAACCAGAUAUCUAUUUUUUCAUAUGAGCCAAACGCUGACAUUUCUACCUAGCAAUCACCGUCAAUCAACAGUCUCUUACAACCACCGCUCCGUCAUCAUUCUCCCAAUUCUCUCACUACGUUUCGCUGGCAUCGUCGUCAAAAUCAGACACCCAGAGAAAAGAUGCUCUCUCCUACCUCACCACCCAGCUAUCAUCACAGCCUGUGAAUGCCUCGAUGCCAUUACCAACUGCCAUUCUUCUCCCCAAGCUGAUUCCUCUAAUCUUGGACGGAUCUCCAGCCGUUCGGUCUCAACUCUUGAAAUUUCUCCGCCUUCUACCACCCGCUGAAGUCGGCGAUCGAGCCGAGCAGUCUUUACUCUACACCAGAGCCGGCAUGACCCAUCUUUCCGCGCCCAUUCGAGUCGACGCUCUUGCUCUUCUGGAAUGGCUAUUGGAAGUAGCCCAAGAAGACAUUGUGACGUGUCCAGGUGGGUGGGUGAAAACGCUCAAAAGUUUCAUGUCCAUGAUGGGAUGGGCAUCAAGUAGUGGGUCCACGAAAUGGACAUCUGCUAGCCGAGCAUCAUUUGGUAAGGCCGGCAAAGCUUUUCCAAGACAGAUCAUUAUGCUUGCGAAAUUCCUACAAGCCGGGUUAGUUGAAGAAAGCUCCGAGUCGCUUACGAGUACAAGCAAUGGUUUGUUUCCACUAUGCGAUGUGGAGGUGCAUAUGAUUCCCGCCAGGUCAAACGCAUUCGCACACCUGAAUCUAUUUGGUUCCUCCAGGGAUGAGGAGGGAGAGAUGUACAUUGAUAGGGAAGAACGACAAAGAGUCUUUGCGACUAAGUUUCAACCAGCGGUGAUGGAGGGUCUUGAAAACGUCAAGAAGGAAGCGGGAGAGGCUGGAAGAGCAGCUGCAAUUUUGAGCAAGGCUCUUCGUGAAGGAAUGGUGGACUACAGUGGCAUUGAUGAUACCCAAUAAAUGGUUUUGGUACAGGCGUUUUUGCUUAGGCGUUGUGGUGGACUCUGGGUACUCGAGAAACAAAAGUUGUG